GCAGAGAAACAGGGAGGGUCUCGUUGUAGCUGAGCUAACUGUUGUCCUGUACUUCUGUAUCGUGCCUGGUAUCAAGCUGUGAAGAUACUGUAGCUCUGGAUUAUUAUCAAAAAUGUCGGACUAUCUCACAAUAGCAGAUCUAAAGAAAUUGUACCUCGUCACGUUUGAUGCUCGAAUUAAGUGGCGAAACAUCUUGCUUAUUCUUGACGUACCCCAGGCUACAAUCCACAGCAUCGGGAAAGAAUGGAGCAACAAUCCUGAUGACUGCUAUCGUGAGGGUUUGAUUAAAUGGCUUAAUGAAGGAGGGAAGAGCUGGAAAGAGAUGGUGGAGGCAUUGACCAGUCCCAUCGUGGGUGAAGCUCACAUAGCCCAGACCAUCGAGAAAGAUCAUCUACAGUCUACUGAUGCAAGCAAUCCUACUGAUGUGAAGUCAGAGGGCCACGUUCACAUAGCCAGGACCAUCGAAAGAGAUCAUCUACAGUCUACUGGUCCAAGCAAUCCUAAAAAACUAAAAUUACAGGUUGACCAAGAUCGCCAGUUGAUCAACGAUGAUCUAACUGUUUUCUUAGACGAACCACUCGGUAGUGGUGCUUUUGGAGCAGUCUUCAAAGGCAGCUUCAAGGGCAAUCCUUGUGCUAUCAAACUUCUACAUCAGAUUGCUAUGGAGAUGCACGCAAGUAUUCCAGUCGGUAAAAACAAAGAAGCUAGCGAUGCAAUUGAUCGUGAGAGUGAUUUUCUCAAGUCGUUCCAGCACCCAAAUGUUGUUCAGUAUUUAUCGACUGCCAAGCAUCCAAAAUCGGGUGGUACAAUCCUCGUUGUUGAGCUGAUGGAUUGCAAUUUGAGAUCCUAUUUCUCUGGCCUUGAUGAAGAGUCUCUCACUAGCGAAUGUGAAAUUAGCCUCUCCAAAGACAUGGCUUAUGGUCUGGCGUACAUUCAUAGCAAGAAGAUUAUCCACCGUGACCUCUGUGGCGAUAACGUCUUGCUGAAACUUACACGACCAGUGCCUAUCGCAAAGAUUUCCGACUUUGGCAUGUCACGGCUAUAUGAUUCCUCCAAGCUUAGCCACACCCUCACAGCCAUUGGUCACCGUAUGGGGUAUCUACCUCUCGAGGCUAUUCGAUUGGAAGAGGAGAAAUACGAUAGUAGCCUGGAUGUGUUUUCUUAUGGGGUGAUUGUGACGCAAAUUAUUUGCAAGCUGGAGACGAUCAAAUCAGCCAAGGAUCGAUCAUUCCAUGUUGCCCAGAUCCCUCACACACACAGGUUGAGGAAGCUUAUCGACAGUUGUUUGCAAGAAGACAUGAGGAGGAGACCAUCUGCCAGGGACAUCUAUACUUACCUAACAACAAGCUCGGACCCAGUGGAGGCAACAAAGAGGGAGUCAAAGGACACUGAACAAGUCAAGAAGGCACACAGUGAACCGAUUGAGCACAAAGAUGCUGAGCUGAUCAGGAGAGAGGCCAUCAUUCAACAGCAGAGACAAGGUCCCCCUCCCAGAGAGUUGAGACCUCCACUCACUCUGAAAUGGAGAAGAGGAAAAGACAUGCCAAUCGGAAUGGGCUUCUCGGUACAGAGUGUUGUUAUCGGUGACACGGUGUAUGUUGGUGGAGGUGUUGCAGUCAAUGAUCGUGACAAGUGUACAGUGAUGAAGCUCGAGCAAGAUCAAUGGACCAAACUACCAGAGUACACUGCCCAGUACUUCGCUAUGACAUCACUCGCUAAUCGACUAGUGCUGGUGGGAGGAUUUGAUCGAAGAAACAACAAAUGCACCAAUCAGCUAGCAGUGUUUGAGUCAGGGAAAUGGCCUCACCCGUACCCACCAAUGAACAUUGCUCGUUCUUGCUCAACAGCUGUCUCCUUCAACAACCUCAUCAUUGUAGCUGGUGGGCAGGAUAAUAAAGGACGUACCUCCUCUGUGGAGGUGUUGGACGUGGCAUCAAGAAGAUGGUACAUUGCUCAGUCACUACCUAACCCACGAUCAAAACUGAAAUCGACUCUCAUAGGAAACACCCUCUACCUAAUGGGAGGGUACGAUCACAAUGGGAGUGCAACCACGAUAGUGCACCACGUCGACCUCAAUGAACUUAUUGCAAAGGCCAUUUCCAACCAGGACACACCCACUCUCUGGCAGACCUUACAGAAAGUACCACUCGUGUAUUCAGCUCCUCUCAGUAUUGGGAGGUCACUAUUAGCCGUUGGUGGACGGGACGACAGAGCCAACCCAAGUUCAUCGAUACACCUCUACCAGCCUGACACCAGGAGGUGGGUGAAAGUGGGAGACCUGCCUACUGCACGACUCUGCUGCACAUGCUCAGUACUUCCUAGUGGAGAGCUCAUUGUAGCCGGAGGACAGACAAAUUUAUAUACUUAUAUUCAAACUGUUGAGAUCUUCUCUAUUAGUGCUAAUUAGUUAUUUUGUUAAUUGCUUCUCUUUAAUUGUGCGAUGAGUUUAUAACAAUAUCGAUAUUUUUUAUCAUGUUGAGUUGCAACAGAAUUUUAUCGCAUAUAAUUAUAGUUAUUAUGA